UGAGUCCCGGCGCAAAACAAGAAAAGUAGAGUCGCUGUUGUUGCUGGCCACCGCAAAGUUGGAGAUUACAUAUGAUCGACGGCGUCCGGCGACGAUUAUACCAAUAAUAACUGUAACGACGAUGGUCCGUACAUCAUUCAACCUCUUUCUCUUUCUUGUCCUACACUACCAAACUCUAACCCUAACUUCCUCCACCGAUGCUUCUACACGAUUUUUCAACAUUUCUCACUAUCUCUACCCCAAAGCCACCUCUUUUCUCUUUUCUCAACCUCCAUCACCUACUUCUCAGCCCUCGUUCUUCUUAAAGGAUAUAUUGGAGGCAAUAGCGAAGAGGGAGAAAUGGGAUUUGGAGGACAUUAGGGUGUCGAAAUUGGAUGCUAGGAGAGGCAAGUUUCGCAAAUUGUGGAAGUACGAGUUUGGGGUUAGGUUGGGGAAGACUGAAUUCGUGUUCAAGGUGUUCGAUCAAGUGUCCCAGUGGACCAAAUUUGAAUCAAUGGGGAAGAGGAAUUGGUCCGAUUUUGAGUCUUUGGUUAAAGAGAUUGGCUCCAAGGCUGUUCUUGAUGGAUUUAAGAUUGAAGGGCCUUUGGAAUUGUAUGCUGCUGGAGACAAUGAUCUCACGCUCAAUUUGCCGUUAAACACUUCAAUUCCUGGUUUGAAACAAAUCCUUGUAAGUGAAGGCAUCACGAUAGAAGUGGAAGGUGCUGAAGAAAUUACGGUGUUCCAUACACAUACUCGCAGUGGCCUAUUCUAUGGGAAUGCUUUCACUAACAUGGGGAGUGAGUCUCGGUCAUCGUGUUUAUCAUUACUUCCCAUACGUGUUAGAGGGUCUGCAUCUGUAACCGUCUACCGGACUAAAAACCCUGAUGCAAGUAUAAGAACUUCUUUUCUAUCUCGAGGAACUGUCAAGUUGUUGCCGGAAAAGUGUUAUAUGAGAAACGUGUAUAGAAAACAGAGUUCUGUGUUUGAUUCUCUGAGCCAGAGGGUGACUUCACUGGAAAAUGUUUUGAAGAGCUUUCUGGGUGGCAGAACCAACAGAAAUACCGGAUUGGGUCUAAAAAUAAGAAUCAAACCAUCAUAUAUCUUUCGUUUCCAGAUUGAAUUAGAACGAAAUAUCAGUAGCAAUGAUACCUACUGGAGUACAUUGGGCGAGUGGAGAACAAGGCCAGCUGCUGAACGUGUUUGGUUUGAGGUGGUGGCAGGAAUUGGGUCCGGGCUUAUGAAGCCAUUCACGAUAAGGAAAGUCCGGCCAUUUAUUGAAGUAGAUUCACUAUCGUGGAGCAGUUUAAUGUCAAACAUUUCCUUCACAAAUUUUCCGUCUUUCCUCGUCCCUCCAGAGCCUCUAACACUGGAUGUCAAAUGGUGAAGAGGUUAAAGCAUUUCUUCUUCUGAUUUCCUCCAUAGUUUUACCAGCUUUCUUCUCCUUUCCCUGUGUAAUGAUCUAUUCAUGCACAAAUCACUUGUACAAAUGUAUUGUCUUACACUCUGUAAAUUAAGAAAUAGAAAGAUUUACUGUAUCUUUUCCUUGUAGACAUGAACAUGUGAAGCUUACAACUCUGCUAUGCAAUUUUCAGUCUUUGUAUCA